AAAAAAUGAAAGUUUGAAAAAAAAAAAAAUUCAGUCAACUGGAGAAAAAAAAUCCAGCUUUGUGGAUCUCAAAGUUUUUUUGUUUUUUUUUCAUUUCUGCCAGAAAUUCUUAACCUCAUUGUUUUUUUCACCUUCAAUUCAAUCAACCAAAUUAUUAUGAUGACAGCAUCCAGUGAAACAGUAAUUCAAAAGGAAAUUGAACAAGAAACUGAACAGGAUAACAAAAUUACUACAGUUUCUAAACCUUCAGAAGAAAAUGAUGAUGGUUUGGAAUCUCAAAUCCAAGCAGAGAACAAUAUCUCGACAAAAAGACCUUUAGGCAAUGAUCAAGAUUCAAAUUAUCUUAAAAAACAGAAAACAGAACUUGCCGACUCUAAAGAAAGCUUCAAUGUUAAUAUUCAUAAGUAUGGAAAUGUUAUUCCAGAAGGAAUGACCAAAUCCCAAUGGAAAAAACAACAGAGAAAAUUGAGAUGGGCUGAAAAGAAGUCUGAUUUCAAAGAAAAACGUAAGGAAAAACGUAAACAGCAAAAAGAGAAUAAAAAAAUCCAAAGAAAAGAAUUGUUAUCUAAGAUUGAAUCCGGUGAAAAAGUUGACACUGAAUUAUUAGAGUCUUUACAGAAAAAGCAAAGACCAAAAGAUAACCCAGAUCAAAAACCACUCAACUCUAAUCUUAUCAUUGAUUGUGGUUUCGAUGAGCUUAUGACCGAGAGAGAAAGAACUUCUCUAACUACUCAAAUCACAAGAGCUUAUAGUGAAAAUAGAAAAGCCGAAUACUAUUUCAAUUUGAAAAUCACAUCCUUCAACAAACUUUUAAAAGAGAGAUUUGACGUUUCACUAAAUCAGUACAAAAAUUGGAUUAAAAACAUAGACUUUUAUGAACAGGAUUUUAGUGAAAUUGAUUUUUUAAAAGACAAAAAUCCCGAAAAGGAAUUUGAAAAAUUUGUUUAUUUAACUGCAGAUGAGCCAUUUGAAAAGUUGUUAACAAUAGAACCUGGAAUGACUUAUAUAGUUGGAGGAAUUGUCGAUAAAGGUCGUUACAAGUCCUUAUGUUACGACAAAGCUAAAAAAUUAGGCAUGAAAACAGCCAGAUUACCAAUCGAUGAAUUUAUAAAAAUCAAUGGAAGACAAGUUAUAACUACUUUUCAUGUCGUUGAUUUAUUAUUAAAAUGGUCAUCUCAUAAAGAUUGGAAAUCUGCAUUUGAAGAAGUGCUUCCUCAACGAAAAUUAUCUGAAAACAGAAAAGUCGAUGAAGAUGAAAACACUGAAGAUAAGAAUGAAAAAAAUGAAUAUGAACAUGAGACUAAGAUCGAUCUUUAAAUGGGUUCCUUAUUACAAAGAAAGCAUGUAUUGAAGGGAAUAAUUUACAUAGAAACUGAAAAAGAAUAGAUUAAAUCAUAAAAUAAACCAAUAACGACCAAAUAGACAUGUAUGACAAAUGAGAAUUAAAAAGAAAAAAUUAAUUGAAAAAUUACAAAUAAAAAAAAACCAUUAUAAAAUAUAAAAGGACCCCAGUAUUUUUAAUUUAUCAUAAGGAAGUGAAAAAAAAUUUAAAGAAAUAAAAAAUUUAAAG